GCAAUGUGAGCAGAACUUCGACGGGCUUGUGUUAUUCCAGCUGCCAGAUCAAGAAGGGACAUUGCCACACUUGCGAUUGGGCCACCUGCUAUGAUGACGUGGGGUUCAUCCGCUCCCUUCUCACAAGAUUAGGGGAGCAAUACUGCGUAGACCUGGACCGUGUCUAUGCAUACGGCUGUUCCAACGGAGGGCUCAUGGUUCACCAGCUAGCUCAAAGCCUUCCUGACCACUUUGUGGCCAUCGCGGCUGCGUGUGGUGGAAAGCCACACCGAGGCUAUGAGACAAGCUUCAAGCCAGGUGGAGAACCCGUUUCCAUGAUGUUGCUGCAGGGCCGGGUGGACCAAACAAUCCCUGCACAUACUCCCGCUGCUACCGUGGACUGGUGGGAUGGCUACUACUAUGCUGACGAAAUGGCUGUGGUGAAUGCAUACAAAGCCUACGAUCACUGCCGGAAUUCCGAACCAAGGAGAUUCCCCACACCACAUGGGGUGGGCAGCAAGAAUGUGUCCUGUGUGGAAUAUGGCUAUAACUGUUUGCAGAGCUCCUCGGUGGUUGAGUGCACGUUUAAUGCCGGGCACGAUGUGCUGUGGGAGACAGACUCGAACAGCCUUGCGGACGGGCCGGAAACUGCUUGGUUCUUCCUGUGUCAACAUUCCCGGGCCGGUGCCAUCCCUGCAGACUCAUGUGUGCUGCCACAGCAGCCGGCCUCGCUAAUGCAGACCCAACAACUAUUUCUGGAGCCAGAGGCUGAGAAGUCUUCAAAGCCAGCCGUGUGGCACUACUUAGCCCAAGUCGCUAUCGGUGUCGGUUUCCUUGCCUUCGGACUUGGCGUGUUCUGCUCUCACAGAAGAAGAAGGCGUGCGAAUGACCAGCGUAGCGACUACGCCGAAUUCUCCGCAUGA